AUGUCACGCCCGAGCUUGAACACCGACCCUUAUGCGCUCAUAGCGCCUGAGACCUUGGUCGGUGUAAACCGAGGCAAAACUGCAGUUGUUACGGGCGCUGCCCGAGGAAUCGGCAAGGCCAUCGCAGAGAGUUUGGCCAAAACCGGUGCGGAUCUCGCAUUGCUUGACCUGGACACGGAACGUCAGUUGCAGACACAAGCCGACUGCGAGCAACACGGCGUCAAAGCUCGGCGGUACGCGUGCGACGUCACCAACCUCCAAACAUGCCAGGAGGUGUUUGAGCAGAUCGUGCGAGAUCUGGGGCCGGUGGAUAUCCUCGUCAAUAACGCCGGUCGAAACUCGCGCCGAGUGAUGGCGAUGGAAACGUUCCAGGAAUUGUGGGCUGGCGUCGAGUUGAAUCUGAAAGGAGCCAUGAUAUGUCUCUACCAGGUGCUUCCGUCCAUGAGGAGACGAGGACACGGUUGCAUCAUUAACAUCGCGUCGAGGGCCGGCACGGUGGUGUCACCGUUCGCGGGGGCAUACUCGAUUGGGAAGGCCGGCCUCAUCAGAGCAACCGGCGUUUGGCAAGCAGAGUUGGAGUUGGAUGGCUUUGGCGACAAUAUCCAUCUCUAUGCACUCCAUCCAGGCGCCGUCAAGACGGAGAUGACAGUUCCGCCUGAUCCCGACAUUGAAGAGAAAUAUCCAGAAUUCGGCGUCAAAUGGCGCCAGUUCCACCAAUUAUUCAAAGUCAGCCCUGCUCUUUGUGGCCAGACAUGUGCUUUUCUCUCUGCUGGAAAAGCCAAGUUGCUAAGAGGGAAAUACUUUGAUUGCGAGCAAGACAUUGGCACAGUGCUUGCUGUGGGAGAGCAAGGUCUGAAAGGUCUAUACGAUCUCAAGGUGGAGUUCUUGGGAGGCCUUCCUAACGACGGUGGCACUGCGUUGGCCGUUGUAGAAGGGAAAUAA